AUGAUCAAGAGGGUUUUGAUAGACCCAGGGAGUAGUGCCAACAUCAUCACAAAAGUGGUCUUUGAGCAGCUAGAGAUCCCGUCAUCAUCAAUUCGACCUACCUCCAGCCCAUUGAUGGGGUUCGAUGGUACAAGAGUAGAUCCCCUUGGGGUAAUAAACUUAUUAGUAACUGUGGCGAAGAGAACUCUGAAGGAGAACUUUGUCUUAACAGAGAUCCACCCUUCCUAUAAUCUCAUCAUGGCUGGAUCCACCCUUCAUCAGGUGAUGCGGUGCUUAUCUUCGGAUGAAAAAGAGGUUAUUAAUCUAUGGGCCGAUCAAGUCGCUGCGAAAGAAUGCUAUAUGCUGACACAGGCUGAAGCAAAGAAGGUGUCUAGACAACCUCAACCAGGCAUGACUCCCAGAGAUGCACUCAAAUAG